GGGCAGAUUUUUAGUCUAGCAGUCAGAUUCUAGCUUCAUCCAGAUUCCUGAGUUAGCGGAAACGCGAGCUUCUGACCGAAGGCUCACGCGAUGAAUUCGGCUCGAGACCCUGAAACUGCGAACUAGGGAAGGUCGCUUACGCAGGCCGACUAUCCGUCGACUCGGCUUUUUCCGUGACUCGGGCUUGCGUUGUAGUGGAUAAGGCUGUUCGCGCACCCGCUGUGCCAUCAGCUAGUUAUCAACUAGGCUCGUGGCAGCAGAAAAAAACUUUUUAGCUCCUUUUUCUAGCUGUAUUUUUAACACUCGACAUAGUCGGGCGUUGUGAAUGUUGUUAGCGGCGCGUGGAAGUGCUCGUUGAACCUCUCACAAUCGCUCUAAAAGCCGACAGUUCUAGGUGCUUUAAAGCAGUGCGGAGGACGGUCUUCAGUAUUCUGCUAUACCGCUUCCGCGUAACCGCGCGCCAUAGAUGCUGUAAGCGGCGCAGCGGAUUAGACGAGGAUGGCUGGCGACGACUCGGGCGCGCCAUGGGAAGAGCUUCGGCGCGAGGCUCGGAAGCUGGAGGGCGACCUGGACGUCAAGCUGUCGUCGUACGCCAAGCUCUGCAGCGUGCUGUCGCACAACGGCUACGGGGAGGGAAGUGAUGGCAGCAGCGAGGGGUCCGUAGUGGCAAUGGAGAAGGCGAUCGAGGCGCAGCUGCAGCGGCUGAGCGACGCCAACGAGCGCAUGAGCCGCUGCUGCAGUGGCGGGGGCGGCUCUGAGGGUACUGCUGCCACGGCGUCGCUCUCUCAGAAGGUGGCGCGGCACCGAGACAUACUGCAAGAGUUCACUCAGGAGUUUCGGCGCACGCGGGGCAAUCUGGCCAUGAUGCGCCAACACGCCCAGCUGCUCUCCUCCUCGCGACCCUCUGCCUCCACCGCCGCCGACCUCCUCGUGCCUUCAGGUUCCAACAGCCAAAGUCAACUGCUGGAGAGGCGGGCAAUCCACGGCAACAUAGCCCAGAUGGACGACUUGAUAUCCCACGCGGCGAGCACCAAGGCGGCCUUGGCAUCACAGCGCUCCCUCUUCUCCAGCAUCCAGAGCCGCGUCAAGCUGCUGUCCGACCGCUUCCCUCUGCUCAGAAAUGUGCUUGGAGCCAUUCGCCGAAAGAAGUCUCGCGACACUCUUAUUUUGGGGGCAGUCAUUGCUGCGUGCACCACAUUCCUCAUCAUAUACUGGCUCAGAAAAUAGCCGCUGCUGCUGAUACUGCUGAUACUGCUGCUGAUACUGCUGGUAGCUGCUGCUGGCAUUGCUGGUACCAGUACCUGAGGGGAAGACUAGCAGCACUCUCAUCCUUGGGGCAAUCAUUGCUGCAUGCACAACGUUCCUCAUCAUUAAAUGAGAAUACACUUGGCUCCUUCCUGGGAACUGAGGUGCUCUCAUUACUGCUGGCACAGUUUGUUGCUGCGUGCACCGCACUCCUCAUCGUAAUGCACACUACACUAGCACCUGGGCAAUGCCAUAGAGGGUGCGGUGCGGUGCAUGUAAGGUGCCACCUUGCCACAUUGGUUUGGUUGAGUUUGGCACCCGUUGCGUAGUGAUAGCUGUACGAAAUUAGAGCAGUGAUAUGCAACUGUACAGACAUCGAACAUGCAUAGUUAUAUAAAGCCGACUUUAUGUUAACCAUAUAUGUCAACUUAUACAUACUAGCUAUGUAGAAGUUAUAGGCUAGACUGAGGUAU